AUGUCCAGCGGCUUUGUGUCUGGCGGCACGAUUGACGCGCCGAACGAGCGCGACGACGAGUGGCGCGCCGCGCAGGCCGAGCUCGAAGCGAAGCGGCUCGAGAGGGAAGACCGCGACAAGCAGCAGGACGGCAAGUCGCUGUACGAGGUGCUGCAGGCGAACAAAGCCGCCAAACAAGAUGCCUUUGAAGAAGCCACGCGCUUGAAGAAUCAGUAUCGCGCGCUUGACGACGAUGAAGCCGAGUUCCUUGAGUCGGUGCUAGAAGCUUCGCGGAAGAAGGAGGCGGAGGUGCGGAAGGACACGAUGGAGCAGCUGGACGCGUUUCGCAGGCGGCGGGAGGAGGAGGAGAGGAAGGCACUGGAAGCGGAGGCGCCCGAGGGCGCGAAGGAAGAUGAAGCACAUGCGCAUUGGGUGGCGCAUGGGCGGAAAAGGAAGAAGGGACCGGAGUUGUUGAAGGGCGUGAAGCUGAGGAAGACGAACGAGGCGUCUGAUGACAAG